AUGGGACCGAACACGUACAAAAUCGACAUACCGACGCACCCAGACAAGAUUGCGACGGUCAAUGUAGUCCGGCUCAAACCCUUCCGCGGCUAUUGCUCUCGGCCGUUCAACGACAACAUUCCGGAGGAUGACUCCCCGAUCUACGAACUCACGGUCGACUGCUUACCGGAAUCCAGCUUCACUAGUCGAGUGACUUUCGGCGGCAACGAUGUCGCCUACACCGCGACGGAUUCCCCCAUCUUCCGCUUGGUGGACAAGCGCAGGACCUCCCAAUCUGGCGAACCAGAAUACCUAGUCGAGUACGUGGACGGACACAAGCACUGGAUUCGCGCGUCCAAGCCGCAAGAAUACAGGACUUAUUUUGACAGCUACGAGAAUGAACGGAGGAUGUCACAGGGUUUGCCACCCUACGGCGUUCCCGUCGCGACACCUGAAGCUGAAUUGCACGGCGUCGAUUCCGUCAACCACUUGAUGUCGCUCAGCCCUUAA